AUGGCCAUCCUCAAACAAUUCGGCUGCUGGACCGCUUUGACAGCAGCACUGGCAGCGGCCUCUGGGACAGAAACAUGGGUUCCUUACCCCGUCCCUGUUGAGACGAGCAUCCUCACCAAGACGCAAUAUUCUACUUGUCCGCCACCGGUAACUGUGAACAACACACAGUAUCUGACCGCAACCACAACCAUCUAUGAGACAAUGUUCUUCACGGACAUUCUCACCACCACUCAGCCUACGACAGAGACUGAAAUUACUACCGACGUCCAGCUCUUCACUGAGACUGAGACAACCCCAACGACCGAAAUUUCUAUUCAGCCCACAACAGCAACAGAGGUUCAGCUCUUGACAGCGACAGUAACUACGCCUACCACAGUCACAGAGACCACACCAGUCACUGAGCUAGUCACCCUCACCGCUACCCAAGAACUCGAGCUGUACACAACUACGACGCGACUCACAAGCCUCAGAAUUUGUCCCACGCGUGUAUCUAACCCGACGUUCACCGUCGAUGUGCCCAUGCCCACCCAGUGGACUUGGGGCUGUCCUCCUGGUUGGAUCUGCAAACCGCAGCAGGAGAACUGUGACUUCGAAGCCGGCCUCCCCGAUCGUAACUUCUACUGCUCUCCGAAUGAAUGCGUGCCGGCAUCCGUACUUCCUGAACCUCUACCGAAUUGGGGCAGUGAUAUCUACAGCAAUUCGACACCAUUGACGGAUCCGAGCCUAGGCGUUGUUGCCCUUGCUGACACCUUCAACAUGAAUCCAACAGAUUUUGGUCUAACAUAUGAUAUUUUCGUAGUUGACAAGGAGGUUGUCAUCACAUCAACAUUCAUUGUCCCCCCGGCCGCCACCCAGGCCGCUCUUCCGGCCUCGAAUAAUACCUAUACCCGCUUCAAAGGCCGCCAAGCACAGACCACGAUCCCUGCGCCGUGCUACACAUGGUGCAAUAACGGACUGCUAGAAGUGCAAUCGUCCGGCAAGACACCUCGCAUCUGUCAACCAAACUCAGCCUUUCUGAUCAGUCUGAACUCAUGUAGAGCAUGCGUUGACGCUCACUGGGUUGACGCUCCCACCCCUGACACGUUGCUCAGGGUUGCACCUCAGUUCCAGCAGUUCCUCGACUAUUGCGAAGGAUUCGUAACGACCACAACGACUGGAACUAUGACCGCCACCGAGGUCUCUGGCUCAGAGACACUCACAUCUGUCGUCGAGACAUCAUCGGUUACAGCCAUUCCGACAAGCGUCGUCACCUCAGAACCUUCGUCAUCUGUCAUAACAUCGGCCGUGGUGACCGAAGUCACUAGCACUUCAGUUUCUGGUAUCGCGCCAACUCCUGCAUCGACGUACACAGGUUCAGAAGUGACCGACCUCACAGUGGUAGUCCCUACCAAUGGUUCAUUUGCAACGCUCUCUGGCUCUGAUCUGAUUGGUGCAACUCUUAUAGUGCCUGCUAAGGGCGCGUCACAGACAGAAGUUAUCACUUCUGGCUCUAGCACCUACACCACCGAAAUCACAGUGGCUCCAUCGGCUUCGCAGACUCUUGGUGAUCAGACCAGCGCUCUGGAGCCGCCUGAAUCAGGCAGUGCGACAAGCUCCGGUCCCGCAGUCGAGACCGGCGACAGUAUGGCUGUUGCCAUCGAAGUGCCGGUUGGACUUCUAUUAGGUGUUGCUGUGAUCGCGGGCGUACUAUUGUGA